UGUAGGCCGCAUUCAGCUGAUCCGCGAGUAGCUUUCCUAGACGGCCGAGGGCCAUGGGAGAGCUCCGGUUCCCCGGGGCCCACAGGACCUUGCACCCCGACCGCCUGUGGAUCUGGGAAAAGGCCGUGUAUGUGGACGAGAACCGGCGCACGUGGCUGCCCGUAAUCAUGGAGACAGAGAGCAGCCUCCAAGUGCUCCUGCGUCAGGAGGACGUCCCCCUGGGGGAAGCCACGUGUCCCAGCCAGCUGGGCCCCUGCCUGCUGCCUCCAGCGUGGCAGCUCUACCCCGGAAGGCGGUACCGAGGCUCGGACUCCAGAAUCUGGCACAUAGUGUACCACAUCCAGUUCGGUGGCACAGAGGACAUGCUCCUUGAGCGGCUGCCAGGCCCGGAGCAGGAGUGA